GUGUAGGGCGUCCUCCACAUUGGGCACUUUCUGUAAUUCCAUGCUGAAUGUGGCAAAACGCCUUGUAGUGCUGUGACUCGCUGUCAAAUUCCUGGGCUGGACUGCUCAGCUGGUAAUAAAUCUAUGGUAUUUUGUACAAGAUGGCGAUGUCGGGCGUGGAAAAGGACAGAAUAAAUACUGAAGAUGUAAAUUUGGACAAUUCAUUCGGCAACCCCGGUCUAAUCUCUCCCGAUAGAGAGGAGGAUAUAACGCGACUACUGACUGUCCCCUUUAGCGGUCGUAUCAGAGGUGGGAUGAGGCCGGGGAAGAAGAUCAUCGUGAUGGGGAUUGUGGAUCCUGAGCCGGAAAGCUUUGACAUCAGCCUGACCUGCGGCCGUGGCACGGAUGAGGAGCCGCCUGCAGACGUGGCUCUAGAGCUUAGCGCCAAGUUCGCAGACCGCCAGUUCCUGCGCAAGGCCUGCAUCUCUGGAACGUGGGGCGCGGUGGAGGAGCCCAUUCCCUACUUCCCAUUCAUCGAGGAUCAGCCCUUUAGGAUCGAAAUUCACUGCGAGCACCAGCGCUUUCGGAUAUUUGUGGAUGGGCACCAGCUGUUUGACUUUUAUCACAAGGUGCCGUCUCUGUCAGCCAUUGACACAAUAAGGAUAAACGGAAGUCUGCAGAUCACUAAGCUGGGUUAGGCUCGUCUUUUCGGAACUCGUGAAGGGAGGCGUAACUGGUACACCCCUCGCUCACAUACCGGGCCCGUAGCUGAGCUGCUGUUGCAGUGUUACCCUGUGCUUUCUCUUCUGUCACAUUAACCUGUGAUGAAGUCCACCGCCUGUCUUUCACGUAAAUAUUGCGAGCCCGUACUGCCGUUUACACAGCAUGCGGAUGAAUGAUCAUGAGGGCCAAUUAAGCGUUUCAGAUGUAAGAUGAAUGUUUACCUCUAGCUGUCAGGGGCUGUCACAUAGUAGCCUACAAAUGCCAAUGCCUGUAGAGCAAACCCCCAUAACACUGCUGUGUGCUAUGGUGGUGCUUUUAGGAAACACUACAAAAUUACAGUGAUGCAUUUAUGUUCAAAUUAAACAAUACGCUCUCAGGAAUAGAAUAGUUCUAGAUGUAUUUAUUUGCCUGAAAUGUGUGGACAAAGUUAAGUGGAGAUCAGAAUGUAGUGUAGACAGGGCUGUGUUUUGUGAUAUUAGUGACAGUGAACACAAGAGUCAUGAGAGGGCACGUAGGGCUGUUUUUUGGGGUCUCCUGGAAAAAAGCUAACAUAUUUUUAAGGAAAUUAAAUCCUGUGAAUAUGUUCAGUUUGAUAUAAGAAGUGUGUGUCUAACGUUUGUCCCUAAUGAAGCUGAUACUUCUACUGAACCCAGCUGAAUUCAUGCCUUGAUUUCCUCGUAUGGCAACCCUAGAUGUCUUUAAAAGUUCUUUUCUACCUGAAAAGAAUCAUCGGUCUGCGAAUAUAUCCUCAGUCAUGAAGUCCCUAUAAUGUAAAAAUAUCUAAUUUCCAUUUAAACCUUGUCAGAAUGGACUGGGUUACAAUACGAAAAUAGUACUUUGAGCUGUGUGCUUUGUUCUAUGUUCUGAAUGUAGAACUGUAUACAUAUCUUCAAAUGCACACCCACAACCAGCAACUGUGUUAUAUUCCCUUAACAGGUCUGAGGAGAAAUUGUACCAGUUAAAUCACUGAUAUUCAUUAAAAAAAUAGCAUUUUGCUGCUCACCAUUCUUGAAGUAAACAAUAAAAAGUGUGACUCCUUAGAAUAUUGCAUAACUUUAGCCAUAGCUGAAAAAAGAACAAUAGAAUUGACUGUCAAGCUCUUAGAUAUGCUGUAGGUAUAGAUAACCAUAAUAGUCUUCCUGACAUUAAUGGUAGCAUUAGCGCUUUGGUGUUGUAAUAGGUAAUGAUGAGAAAUAAGGCUGAAUUUUUUUUUGUUUUUUUGUUAAUGUAUUCGCUGUCUUGCAGUAGCUGAGAUGUCUGUGUAUGGAAUUUAAUUCUAUGAAGGAAAGAAAAAAUUCUCAUGCUUUCAUCUUUUUAAAGUGAAUAUUACGGAGUCCCCCUGGCUUUAUUUGCUGAGGUUUCUCACAGAAGUCGAGGAUUUGCUGCAUUAUUUAUCGUCCUCUCUCUGUCCCGCUGGCUCAGAGCUCUAUGUGUCUCCAAUGCUGAGGGGGCUUCUCCUCUCCCACUGUGCACUGGUUAGCCUCCCUCCCUGGAGUUUCCUGCUGAAGAGGCUUUUGUGUGCAUUCCAUAAAUCCAGGGCGGCCCUCCUUCGCUGGUACAUUUGCUGACACGGAGCUCGGUGGAUGUUGUCUGGCAUAAAACAGCACUGUGCAGUCCUCACUUUAGAUGCUUCACUUAACCCAGUCAGGAAAGAACCUUUUACAGGUCCAAACAAAAAUAGAGAAUGAGGUGCAUGAUAGGGGAGUUUUGGUGCUAUUGUUGUGUGUGUGUGUCUUGUAGCUAUGUAGGGGAUUGUGUUUUUGUUGGUCGCUGGUUUUUUGUUACUGCUUUCCGUGCCUGGCUGUGUGGGGUGGAGAGGAGAAAAAGCAUGCAUGCCAGAGCCCUGAAAAUGGCACUGCAAGCCAGGCACUUCCUGUUUCCCUGAUGAGAAUCUCCCACCCCAUCUCUCUCUGAUACUGGACUGGAGACAAGAAAACAUUUGUCAAGUGUACUGAUGACCUAUUGUUCCGUGAAGCUUUCCGCCAUCAUCUGGGUUUGUUGAGUCAGCCUGUUGUGCAGUGUUUUCUGCAUAUGGUACCGUCCUUUAAAAAAAUGAUAACUGAGACAUUAUUAAGCCAUAUAAAAGAGUUGCUGCUGUUUUCUCCAGUCUCAGAGCAGUCUGGUAGCUCUGUGGUUGCCCCUCCAAGCUCUCUCCUUGACACAGAAAGGGUAGUAGAAAUGCAGUGGACAUACUUUGUCUUGUGCCAUAAACAUUAGUGUAAAAGGGCUAGUUGUUUGUUGCUGUAUAGUGUUAGGAUCCAUACUCAUUCUCAUCCCAGUUCUCAUUGUAUUUACUCACCCUUUGGAUAUGUGCAGGUGUAUUAUUUGGUACUUGAUUUCAGGAAACCUGAUAACAUAGUUUGGCAAUAAUAGAAGUUUUCUGCAACUUACGUGUGCCUGGUGAAAUUAUGAUUGAGGGUACAUGCAUGCACUUGUUAAUUACUAGUUACUGUAUAUACAUAGCAAAUGCUUCUUUUUGUUGUUUUUGUUUUAAAAACAAGGUAUGAUUAUAUAGUAUGAUAGACAAGUUUAAGAUCUGCAAAGCACCAAUUAAUCCUGUUUCCUUUGGUGAGCAAAAGUGGCGUGAAAUGAGCACAGAUAUAUGAAGGUAACUGUUAAUCUUAUUAGCGGCACUAAGUAAGCAAUAAGCUCCACUUGGAAGGGCACACCACUGGUUUGCCAUGUUUUUAUUUUAAUUGUGUUAAUGGGUGUUAAUGAGAUUGGAGAGGGAACCAGAGUUUCUCUUUCAUCACAACAGUUUGUCUCGCGUGGACCAGUUUACUAGUUGCAUGGAUUACAGGUAGUUGACAGUGGACCAACAGGAUGCGUCUCAACAAUAGUGCGUUUGUGUCCGAGUAUUAACAUUUGCAGUGUAUUGAAUGCAGAGCUGGACACGUAGAUAUUCUGAUGCCUCAGUGCAGUGUUCAGCUGUUUGGAGGUGCUUCUCACCCAUGAAGGAGAUGCACAAAAUCAAAUCAAAGUUGACUACUGCAACUGAAAAACAUUUUGCUGCACUGAAUAUUUUGGGAUAUGAAUUGCUAUUAAUGCAUACAUCUAUUUUGUGUACUUAUUGGUCAAAUUAGGCUUGAACUUGCUUUAACUAAUACCGGUUUUAACAUGGCCCUUCAUGAAAUAAUUUGCUAGAAUAAAAUGCAACAUACAUGGCUUAAAGUACUAUUAUCUACAGCCAAUUUCUUUAAAAUACACAUUAAUAAAUAGUCAUUUGCAAAUGCCAAUGAUUGCCAAAAUAAAAUGUAAAAAACCAUUGUAAAUGUGUGAAAAUUACUAGUCAUUAAGAUGCAUAAGUUUGUAUUGGCUGUCAUUUAUUUAAUUAUUAAAUUUGUUUGGUUGUAAGUUUCUUAGGUGCUUAUACACUGAACAUUGGGAAAACUACCAAAUAUAGCCUCAUUAAAUACCUUCUUGUGGUCCCUUUUGAACUGAGUCCUUGUCCUGGGAGAGGUCUUAUCGUCACUGAGAAACAUUAAGAACUGUUUUUCGGCUUUACUAAUACAUUUUGAGCACUGCAUUAUUUACACAAAGAUUUUACAAAGAAGGGGCCUUAAACACAAAUUGUGAUCAAUUUAAAAUGAAUGUCACUGCUCCUGAGUGUAACAAAGUAUAUUCCUGUCUUUGGUCUUGAAGUACGUAAUGCACACACAAGGCCUGGUAAAUAAUGCGAACUCACAAGUUUGAGUAGCUACAGCAGUUAAGGUGAAGCGCUACAGCAAAUGUGCAUCACAUAUGAAAUGCACAGAGCAAGUUCGGUCAGGAAACUUACUGCAGCCGACCAUUCAUCUCAGCAACCUCAUGUUGUCAUGCUCAACCAAUCACAUACACACAUCACUACAUGUUCUAAUACUCAACCUAUCACAUGCAUGCAUCACUAAUGGAGCGCCUUUUGAAACUUACAGUCAGACCUCUCAGGUGCUGUUCAUUGCCUGUGCUGCUCUUUGCAUGCUAAACUUACUGCAGCUCAGAGAAUUGCACUCACCCUCCACUACCCAAACUUCUACCUGUUGUUGGACCCAUUGUAGGUACUGGGUGGUUUUGGCAUUUAUCUCGUUCGAUAGGGGAUAUGUAUCAUGAUCCCUGUUUGAUAGAUUAGUGCAUGCUGGUGUGUGCACAGAUGUACCUAAAGCAGAUCCAUUCAGCGGCAAACCAAAAAUAAUUUUGCACUAAUUAUUUAACAUUCAUUUAAUCUAAAUACAUGAAUUGGCCUGACUGAACAAUAUUUUCUCACUUAUAUCAGUUAUUUUAUUGGAGUGGUACUACCUAGUACUACCUAGACAUUUGGUUGUUUCUUUCCAAGCCCUGGUGUGGACCAAUUCAAUUUUGUGAUUAUUAUUUUUUUUAUUAAAAUUUUGUACAUAGCAGACUACCUUAUUUGGAUUGACUGGUUGUGAUAUUGUGAAAGCAAUGUUUGUUUAUGCGGUCAUGUUUAUUUUGAAUUUAUUCAGUUCAGGGCCUGUUACUAAAGACAGCUUGAUUUAGUAUUUUUAUAAGUACAGUAAAAUGGCUGAGCAUGUAUAAGUACAGUAAGGUAGGUGAACAUCUGAAGAACUCUUACCAAUUUACUUAAGUAAAAAAGCACUUUCCAAAUUAGGAUUAAAAUAUAUAGCUGUCGAAAGAUCACUGAGUACCUUUACAAUGUAUGUGUACAGGCUUAUAUGACCAAAAACAAGCAUUGUGUAAUAUUCUGUUUAAAAGAAGAUAUCCCAGGGAUGUUUGUAUUUGUCUUUUCUUCCUGGUCUUGUACUGUUUUCGUUCUAGCACUGACUCAUUUGACCAGAUACCUUACUGACUGAAAUAAACUUCCAUGCUUUCUAUACAGAAUGUGUCUACAGUAAAUAGGCUGUCUUUGUUUCAGUUUAUUUAUAUUACGAUUAGCCUUCUUAGAGGUGCUAUAACAAGUUUUCCUUUUUAAUGUAUUUGCUUUAUCACAUAAUCUGGUCUAUCUUAAUACAGCAUAAACUUGUAUUUGUGAAAGUAUCUUUUUUAACAUGUAGACUAAGUUAUUCUGGUGAUUGUGUCAUUCCAAUAUUACAUUUUUAUUGUGCGUUUUUGAAUAACUUAAUUGCAGACAAAUAAACUUUCCGUUUCUGAA